GGCCUCGAACUCAUGACCUCUUGUUCAGAGUGAUUGGUCUCAGAUGACUGCAGCUGGCUGGCUGCUCACCAGCCUGCGCCACAGCCCUUAUGGUCGCUACAGUGUGUGUGAGUCUACUGAGUACUGGCUGGAAAGAAGAUGGCUCUGUACUCAGAGAGGCCUGACUGUUUCUGAGGCCUUGUUUGCCGCUGAUCUUGACUGAAGCAGAUUAAUGAAGUAAGAAAGGAUUGCUUAUAACUGCCGAUUUCUGUAAGCAAACAGAGGGACUAUUGUAAAUACCAUUGUUUUGUUGAUCUCUUGGCUUCAGUAAAAGUUCCGGUGUUAUUUGUUCUGCAAAGCUGAGUGGCGCGUCAUUCGGCUGGGUGUCUCUAGGCUCACAGGCACACGUAAGAGCUUCUAUCAUCUACAAUGCCCAACAGUCUUCAUCCUGGUGAGUUUUCUCAGCCCUGGCCCAUUCGGUAUUAGCCUGAGCUCGCAAGGCAGACCCUGUUAUCCGCAGUCCUAGUUUUAUAUCUGACUACAAUACCAUACAGUACAAGAUACCGACCGGUGCAUUGACCCUUGGUUCUGUGGACUACCAACCUGCAAGAGAGUGGACAGAAUGCGGCAGUCCUUACGUAGCCUAGCAACCGGAGUCAGGAAGAAGGUGCCAUCGCUGCAGGGCCCUCACUGUCACCAGACAGACCUUGGACUUCAGUAGGGACGGACCAACUGCCUUGACAAUGGCUGCCCCUGCAAGGAGUCCCAAUGAGAAGAAAUCAUCAGGAGGGAAGGCAUCACCUCCUCACUUCCUGUUGCAACUGGCUGCAGCUUUGGACAAUUCCACUAUUAAGUCGCUGCAGGUAAAGUGGCAUGAAGACGGAAGGGGCAUUCUCCUUCACACCAAGUUGUAUGAGGAAGAGAUCCAGCGGCACCAGGAACUUUUUCCAGAAGUCAAGAAUCUGAAAUCUGUUUCUGUGCUCCAGGCCUGGCUGACGACUUACGGCUUCAAAACUAGAAUUAUAAAAACUGACUCUGACAUACUCAGUUUCCAACACCCGGACUUCAAGAAGCUCCCUUCAAAGGCAGAAGAAGCGGUGGGCCCAAAAGCUGAAGUUCUGCUCUUACCAAAGCAACCCAAGAAAUCCAAGAAAAGGAAAAGCAUAAGCAUACUGGAUAUCCCAGUGGCUCCCUCUGUGAACAUGGGAAGUGUGCUGCCUCCAGAGUCUGCAGGAAAGUCUCAGCGUUUGCGCCCCUUAUACCAAUACAUCAACUAUGACAACCCAGAGAUGAACAGCCCGCCAGACAAGGAAAGUGAUCUGCCUCAAGUGGAGGUUCCCCCUGUCUUAGAGAACAAGACAGGCCUCUUAGAACUGAGAAUAACUCCAAAUAUAGUUGCAGAUGACAAAGGCAAAGAACUGAGAAGCUCCAUAAGUGCCACUUCAGCAACUGCAGCGAAAACAGAAGUAGACAAGUCCACUCAAGUAGAUAUUGAUAAGAUGCUCAGUGUUUGUGCCGCUCAUCUCGUUCCACCGCUAUCCCCACAAUACAAAUAGCAACGCCUAGAUGGAUGUGGAGCUACUCAAUGAGAUAUGCCUAAGGAUAGCAGAGCUGGCUUAGUGCCUCAAUUUUUACAAUGCAUGUGUCUUCCAUCUCUAUUGUAGUUCUUAAAAAAAUCUUUAUUACA